GAAGAUUAGAUUAUGAGUGUCAAACAUAAAAUCAAAAGAACCAUGAUGCUUUCCUUCAUGUUGGACGUAAUUCCCUCCAUGGAAUUUUUUCGUGCUUCGAAACCCCAAAUGAGAAUCCAGCUUUGAAUCCUGAUUUCAUUUAAAUUUUUUAAUUAAUAGGUAACUUGUUUCUCAGAUGCUUGUCUGUUCUUGCUACAAGCUCAUCGUUUGCUGAAUCUGACAUUAUUUCUCCAUAUUUAUUCUGGACUAGAACCUCUGUGCGUAACGAACAGUACCAGCCGAUUCAUUCAUCACGAAAAGAACUUUGUUCUCAAAAGAUUGCCAAUCAUGGUCUCUCUUGCUACUUCUACUUCUGCUUCUCAAAUCGACGAGCUCCGACAUAGUCAAUGGUCGCAAAUGCUUCGUCGACGUGGCCCCUUUGCGCCCGACGUGGAUCCUCACCUCGACUUGAACGGCGUAUUUUCUUCUAAAAUCCUCGUUGUCGGGGCUGGUGGACUCGGCUGCGAAAUCCUCAAAAACCUAGCGCUCAGUGGGUUUAGAGAUUUGCAUGUCAUCGACAUGGACACCAUCGACGUGACCAACCUGAAUCGCCAAUUCCUCUUUACGGAAAAUGACGUUGGGAACCCAAAGGCUUCUGUAGCUGCCAAGGCUAUUAUGCGACGUAUCCCUUCAACCACUGUGACAGCAUUCCACUGCAGAAUCCAAGACAAGCCCCUUGAGUAUUACAAGCAAUUCCAAUUGGUUGUCUGUGGACUCGACUCUGUUGAAGCCCGCCGGUGGAUUAAUUCUACCCUUGUAUCUAUUUCAAAGGGCGGUGAUUUUUUGCCCUUGAUCGAUGGAGGCUCCGAAGGUCUCAAGGGUCAAGCUCGUGUCAUUCUGCCUUCAAUCACUAGCUGUUACGAAUGCUCUCUCGAUAUGUUGACUCCUAAGACUUCCUAUCCAAUUUGUACAAUUGCCAAUACUCCUCGUUUACCCGAACACUGCGUCGAAUGGGCCUUUCUUCUCGAAUGGCCGCGUGCUGCUGUGAGCAAGUCGGAAAACACCAAAUCAUCUGAAGAAAUAUCAAUUCAGGAUGAAGGCUCCUUGAGAGAAGAAGCGUCUGUCAGUCUAGCACCCGCUUUUGACCCUGAUAUCCCUUGGCAUGUUGACUGGAUCGUAGACCAUGCACGAGCUCGUGCUGCUGCUUUUAAUAUUAACGCUAGUGAAAUUGAUCGCUUUUUUGUUUUGGGUAUCGUCAAACGUAUCAUUCCCGCUGUCGCUUCUACAAACGCUAUCAUUGCCGCUGCUUGCUGCAACGAAGUGCUCAAAAUUCUUACUGAUUGCAAUCCUUCGCUUGACAAUUAUAUGAUGUUUGUUGGUGAAGAUGGUACUUAUACAUUUACCUUUAACUUGGAAAAACGCAGCGAUUGUUCUGUCUGCGGUGUUCUCACGGAAAGCUAUACGUACUCGAAAGCCCGUCCUCCUCUCUUGUCUACCCUCAUCAAUCACUAUAAGACAACGUAUCAACUUACUAGCCCCUCUGUCUCGUCCACUAGUGGGUUCCCCCUAUAUUUCUCUUCACCAAUUCCCUUACAACAGGCAACCUCAAACAAUCUAUCCAAACCCAUUGUUGAUUUGAUAUCUCCAAGCCAGCAGUUAGUUUUUACGGAUAAGGCCUUGACAACAAGUCUAUACGUUUCUUUACAGGACUCCGAUGAGCCCUGAUUCCUUUUUCUUUCCUAUUACUUUGCCUCCCUCUUUCACUUUACUUUUAUGACUAUGGCUUUUGUUUCACUGAGCAAUGAGUUCUUCAUAUUUGAUUAAAUUCGUCUUUUUUGUUAAUUUAUAGAUUAUACUUAUUGUA